UGAAACAUUAAAAACUCAAAAGUGUCAGCGGCGUUCUAUCUCUUGUGGAACUUUGGAAAACAGCUGGAAAAUGUUUGAGGCGUUUAUUUUCUUCUGUUUGUGCUUGUGGAGUCUUACUGGUGUGUUUGGUGAUGAUGCACUGACUCCAGUGUCAGUGAUAGAGGGAGAUUCUGUCACUCUAAACACUGAUAGUACUGAUAUACAGAUAAAUGAUGUGAUUGAGUGGAGGUUUGGACCUGAAGGCAUUCUCAUAGCUAAAACCAGCAAACAGAACAAUAUGAAUAUGUUUCAUAAUAAUAAUACUGAUGGGAGAUUCAGAGGCAGAUUGAAGCUGGAUCAGACCGGAUCUCUGAUCAUCACAAAAUCCAGAAUCACAGACACUGGACUUUAUAAAGUAGCCAGCAACAGCACAGAGACACCGCUCAACACAUUCAAUCUUACUGUCUAUGCUCAUCUGCCGAUCCCUGUCAUCACCAUUUACUGUCCACAAAAUUCUUCAUCAUCAGUCUCCAAAUGUGUGCUGUUUUGCUUUGUGUUCAAUGUGAGUCACGUGACUCUCUCCUGGUACAAAGGAAACAGUUUAUUGUCCAGCAUCAGUGAGUCUGAUCUCAGCAACAGUGUCGCUCUUCCUCUGGAGGUGGAAUAUCAGGAUAUAAACAGCUACAGCUGUGUGCUCCACAGUCUCACCAGUAACCAGACCACACAUCUGGACAUCACUCAACGUUUUCACACACGUACAGACUGCAUCCACUGUUGUGGUUCUACUGAAGCUGUGAUCCGAUUGGCUCUCUCUGCUCUGGUGGGCGUGGCUACUGUUGCUUUGCUGGUUUAUGAAUUCAGAUCCAGUCUUCAACAAAAGAGAAAACAGCAGACAUUGCUAUCAAACUCUGAUAAAUCAGAUACUCAGGAAGGUGGUCUGAUUGAACAGCUUUGAUAUAACUUUUCACAAUACAGAUGGUUCUAAAGCAUUGUUACAAAAAAAUACUGCGACUGUGAUUAAUUUGACAAUCAUUAAACAUAAUAA